AUAUAUACUAGUAAUCUGUGGUUUUCGUGAUACGUGAAUCGAGAUUGUUUCUCAUGGAAAACAAAUUGCUUUUAACUUUAAAAUAUCUUUCGUGAACCAAAACCCACCUUUUAUUAUUUCUUUUACAAGUUAAAAGGAACCUCAGUACAAUGUCGUGCCGCAAUGCUUCGCAUGCUGGAAGUUGGUACACCGAAAACGGAUCUGAGCUCUCCCGCCAGCUGGACUUAUGGCUGUCUAAAGCAGACCUUACACACGGUCCUGCACGGGCUAUUAUAGCACCGCACGCGGGUUACUCGUACUGCGGCGCGUGCGCAGCUUUCGCGUACCGCCAAGUGAGCCCCGUCGUUGUCAAGCGCAUCUUCAUCCUGGGCCCGUCGCACCACGUGCGGUUGGGCGGCUGCGCGCUGUCCUCGCUCGACAAGUACCAGACCCCGCUCUACGAUCUCAUCAUAGACAAACAGAUCUACGCGGAGUUGGAGGCGACGCGGCAGUUCGAGUGGAUGGACGUACAGACGGACGAGGACGAGCACUCCAUAGAGAUGCAUUUACCAUAUAUAGCCAAAGUAAUGGAGGAAUAUAAGACUGGAUUCACAAUCAUACCUAUACUAGUUGGAUCCCUCACGCCUGAAAAGGAGGCUAAAUACGGCGCGAUCCUGGCGCCUUACCUGGCGGACCCUCAGAACCUGGUGGUGGUGUCGUCGGACUUCUGCCACUGGGGCUCGCGGUUCCGCUACACGUGGCGGGAUCCCGCCUUGGGACAUAUACACCAGAGCAUCGAGUGGCUGGACAGACAGGGUAUGGACAUAAUAGAGAAGAUGGAUCCGCGCGCGUUCACGGAGUACCUCAACAAGUACAGCAAUACGAUAUGCGGUCGACACCCCAUAGGAGUGCUGCUGCAGGCGGUAGCGAAGCUCCGCGGGUCGUCGGGCUGCCCGAAGCCGUCGCUGCGGUUCCUCAAGUACGCGCAGUCCUCCCAGUGCACCUCGCCCCAGGACUCCUCCGUGUCCUACGCCAGCGCCUCCCUCGUCUUCGAGUAGC